AUGCAGAUGCUACCUAAACGUAUCCUCGCCCUCACCGCCGCCCUUCAGGCCACGGCGGCCCUGGGCUCGCCCACAGGCAAAUGCCCCUUGGCCGUCACGCUCGAGGACUACGGCACCUUCACCAGCACCAUCAUCUCGGAGACGCUGAGUGAGAACCCGCUGCCCAAACCUGUCGAUGCGUGGCUGGGCAUCGACUAUGCCACCCAGCCCACAGGAAACCGUCGCUUUCGCCCCGUCACCCCGCCCGUUGCCUUUGAUGGCAUCAAGGCGGCCAACACGUAUGGCAAGAUCUGCGUCCAGCCUACCCAACUGGUCGACCUCGCGCUCCAAGACGAGGCCUGCCUGAACUUCAACGUCUACCGCACACAGGGGGUUCCCCUGGGCGAGAAGCUGCCUGUCCUCGUCUGGAUCCAUGGCGGCUCCUUCAACACUGGCAGCUACAAGAGCUUUGACGGCGCCGCGUUUGCCGCGGCCUCGGAGCAGCCCAUUGUCGUGGUCAACUUCCACUACCGCCUCAACGCGCUCGGCUUCCUGUCCUCGGCGCUCAUGGAAGAGGAGGACCUGCUGAACCCGGGCUUGAUGGACCAGCACCUCUUUUUGCAAUUCGUACAGAAGCACAUUGGCGCCUUUGGAGGCGAUCCUGACAGGGUCACCCUGGGGGGACGCUCGGCAGGGGCGCACGCCACGGGCCUCCACUACUUCCACAACUAUGCCAUCGGGGACGGCGACGACGAUGACGAGCGCGCCUCUCCCAACAAGCCUCUGUUUGCCGGGGCGAUCCACCUGUCCGGCUCCGUCACCGCGCGCGCAUUGCCCAAUGCGACAUAUCCCCUGUACGAGCAGCAGAUGGACGAGUUCAUGUCACGCCUCGGCUGUUCUCACGGGUCGGACGUGCCCAACCAAGAGUCUCUUGCCUGUCUGCGGGACGCCGACAUUGACGACAUUCGCGCGAUCGGCUUCGCCCUCUUCCUCAAGCACAACGCCGCUCUGACCUGGCCUUUCCAGCCAGCCCAGGGCGGGUUCCUCAUCGAAAAGUUCGGCUCCCAGUCCGGCUAUGAUGGCACAUUCUUCCACGUGCCCACCAUCACCACGACGACCACAAACGAGGGCAGGGCCUUUACGCCCGGCAACCUGGAGACGAACGAGGAAUGGCUCGAUUAUCUGCACAACAUCUCGCCCGACCUCACGGACGAUGACCUUGCGCUCCUCGAGGAUCUGUACCCCGAUCCCGUCACCGAACCCGACUCGCCUUACGCCCACUCGCCCCUCAGCACCCAGUACGAACGCAUCUCCGCCGCGUGGUCGGACUACGCCUACCUGUGCCCCAGCCAGGAAACCGCCCAAGUCGUGUCCCGCGCGGGCGUCCCCGUCUACAAGCUCCGCUUCAACACGAACCAGACGUUCCCCGCCUGGCAGGGCAUCCCCCACUCGGCGGACACCAUGUACACCUGGGACGACCCCGAGGUGCAGCACCCGGAGAUCGGCGAGAUGUACCACGCGUACCUCGCGAGCUUUGUCGCGAGCGGUGAUCCCAACACGCACCGCCGGAAGGGGACGCCCAAGUGGCCCUUGUACGAACCGCAGCAGGGCGGGAACAAGAUGCCCAAGCAGCUGGUCGUGCAGCCGGGCAACACCAAGGUGGAGAGGGACGACGUGAGGACGAACGCUUGUCAAUUCUGGCGGGAUCCCGCGCGGCAGUCCAGGCUGAAUAAAUGA